AGAGGGAGAGGGAGAGAGGGAGGGAGGGAGAGAGAGAGAGAGAGAGAGAGAGAGAGAGAGAGAGAGAGAGAGAAAGAAAGAGAAAAAAAAAGAGAAUCAGGAAAGAUCCUGAAACAAGGAAGAGGUGGCGACAAUCAACUGCCUUGCUGGAUUUGUCUUUCUCAGAACAUUGGUGAAGCCUUGGGUUUGUUUCUUGAAGGACUGGUUAGAAGUCCGCGUUUGAGCACUUUCCUUCCUGCUUCCUCCUUGCUGUGGUGGCUGGGAUGCUUCUUCCAUGAUUUUUUUGAAUCUAGACUGGGCUGGUCUUUGUGCUAAUCCAAUCAAUUACAACCCUUCUCUUAACAGUGUGAAGUGAGGGGGGCCUUCUCCCUUCCUUCUGCUCCCUCUGUGGUCCACCUUCCUUUUUACCCUGCUCUGCGGCGGCUCCUCCCCUUACCUUCAUGGACGACUCAGAGGUGGAGUCGACCGCCAGCAUCUUGGCCUCUGUGAAGGAACAAGAGGCCCAGUUUGAGAAGCUGACCCGGGCGCUGGAGGAAGAACGGCGCCACGUCUCGGCGCAACUGGAACGCGUCCGGGUCUCCCCACAAGAUGCCAACCCACUCAUGGCCAACGGCACCCUCACCCGUCGGCAUCAGAACGGCCGGUUUGUGGGCGAUGCUGACCUUGAGAGACAGAAAUUUUCAGAUUUGAAACUCAACGGACCCCAGGAUCACAGUCACCUUUUGUAUAGCACUAUCCCCAGGAUGCAGGAGCCAGGGCAGAUUGUGGAAACUUACACAGAGGAGGACCCUGAGGGAGCCAUGUCUGUUGUCUCUGUGGAGACCUCAGAUGAUGGGACCACUCGUCGCACAGAGACCACAGUCAAGAAGGUUGUGAAGACUGUGACAACACGGACAGUACAGCCAGUCCCCGUGGGACCAGACGGGCUGCCUGUGGAUGCCACAGCAGUCUCCAACAACUAUAUCCAGACUUUGGGUCGUGACUUCCGCAAGAAUGGCAAUGGGGGACCUGGUCCCUAUGUGGGGCAAGCAGGCACUGCCACUCUUCCUAGAAACUUCCACUACCCUCCAGAUGGAUACAGCCGCCACUAUGAAGAUGGUUAUCCAGGUGGUGGUGACAACUAUGGCAGUCUGUCUCGGGUGACCCGCAUUGAGGAGCGGUAUAGACCCAGUAUGGAAGGCUACCGGGCACCUAGUAGACAAGAUGUCUAUGGGCCCCAGCCCCAGGUUCGAGUUGGUGGGAGCAGCGUAGAUCUGCAUCGCUUUCAUCCAGAGCCUUAUGGGCUAGAGGAUGACCAGCGUAGCAUGGGCUAUGAUGACCUGGAUUAUGGCAUGAUGUCGGAUUAUGGCACUGCCCGUCGGACAGGGACACCUUCUGACCCUCGCCGACGCCUCAGGAGCUAUGAAGACAUGAUUGGUGAGGAGGUACCACCGGAUCAGUACUAUUGGGCUCCUUUGGCCCAGCACGAGCGGGGAAGUUUAGCCAGCUUGGAUAGUCUGCGCAAGGGAGGUCCCCCACCUCCAAAUUGGAGACAGCCUGAGCUGCCGGAGGUGAUCGCCAUGUUGGGGUUCCGCUUGGAUGCUGUCAAGUCCAAUGCAGCUGCCUACCUGCAGCACUUAUGCUAUCGCAAUGACAAGGUGAAGACUGAUGUGCGGAAGCUCAAGGGCAUCCCUGUACUGGUAGGAUUGUUAGACCACCCCAAAAAGGAAGUGCACCUUGGAGCCUGUGGAGCUCUCAAGAAUAUUUCUUUUGGACGUGACCAAGAUAAUAAGAUUGCCAUAAAAAACUGUGAUGGUGUUCCUGCUCUUGUGCGAUUGCUUCGAAAGGCUCGUGACAUGGACCUAACUGAAGUCAUUACUGGAACUCUGUGGAAUCUCUCAUCCCAUGAUUCAAUAAAAAUGGAGAUUGUGGACCAUGCACUGCACGCCUUGACAGAUGAAGUGAUCAUUCCACACUCUGGCUGGGAGAGAGAACCUAAUGAAGAUUGUAAACCACGACAUAUUGAGUGGGAGUCGGUGCUUACCAACACAGCUGGCUGCCUUAGAAAUGUAAGCUCAGAAAGGAGUGAAGCUCGUCGGAAACUUCGGGAAUGUGAUGGCUUGGUUGAUGCCCUCAUUUUCAUUGUUCAGGCAGAGAUUGGGCAGAAGGAUUCAGACAGCAAGCUUGUGGAGAACUGUGUUUGCCUCCUUCGGAACUUAUCGUAUCAAGUUCACCGUGAAAUCCCACAGGCAGAGCGUUACCAAGAGGCACUUCCCAGUGUUGCUAACAAUACUGGGCCACAUGCUGCCAGUUGCUUUGGGGCUAAGAAAGGCAAAGAUGAGUGGUUCUCCAGAGGGAAAAAACCCACAGAGGAACCUGCAAAUGAUACAGUGGAUUUCCCUAAAAGAACUAGUCCUGCUCGAGGCUAUGAGCUCUUAUUUCAGCCAGAAGUGGUGCGGAUAUACAUUUCACUCCUCAAGGAGAGCAAGACUCCUGCCAUCCUAGAAGCCUCUGCUGGAGCUAUCCAGAACUUGUGUGCUGGGCGCUGGACAUAUGGUAGGUACAUCCGCUCUGCUCUGCGUCAAGAGAAGGCGCUCUCUGCCAUAGCUGACCUUCUGACCAGUGAACAUGAGCGGGUGGUGAAAGCUGCAUCUGGAGCACUGAGAAAUCUGGCUGUGGAUGCUCGGAACAAAGAGUUAAUUGGUAAACAUGCUAUUCCUAACUUGGUAAAGAAUCUGCCAGGAGGUCAGCAGAACUCUAACUGGAAUUUCUCUGAAGACACUGUGGUCUCUAUUUUGAACACCAUCAACGAAGUUAUUGCCGAGAACUUGGAAGCUGCCAAAAAGCUUCGAGAGACCCAGGGUAUUGAGAAGCUAGUGCUGAUCAACAAAUCAGGGAAUCGCUCAGAAAAAGAAGUUCGAGCAGCAGCACUUGUAUUACAAACAAUUUGGGGUUAUAAGGAACUGAGAAAGCCACUGGAAAAAGAAGGGUGGAAGAAAUCAGACUUCCAGGUGAAUCUCAACAAUGCUUCUAGAAGUCAGAGCAGUCAUUCAUAUGAUGACAGCACUCUCCCCCUUAUUGACCGAAACCAAAAAUCAGAUAAGAAACCUGACCGGGAAGAAAUUCAAAUGAGCAAUAUGGGAUCAAACACAAAGUCAUUAGAUAACAACUACUCCACGCUGAAUGAGAGAGGGGACCACAACAGAACACUGGAUCGAUCUGGGGAUCUGGGUGAUUUGGAGCCAUUGAAGGGAACACCCUUGAUGCAGGACGAGGGGCAGGAAUCUCUGGAGGAAGAGUUGGAUGUGUUGGUUUUGGAUGAUGAGGGGGACCAAGUGUCUUACCCCUCCAUGGUAUGUCCUCCAUUCACCCCCAAGAUGGUCCUGAGGAAGGAGGUUCCUGUGUGUCAGCAGUUUGUCAAUCAUACAGAUCUGAUCAGGCCCAAGACACUUGUCUGAGCCAUGCGGGGCCCA